AUGCCCGUCCCCGAAUAUACCGGAGAGUACACAUUGAAGGCUGGCGAGGGCUUCGACGUCAGCACCAUUAAUGGGAAAAGUGUCGUCAUUACAGGCGGGGCGAGUGGGAUUGGCAAAGAAAUUGUCAAGGCGUUCAUAUCUGCUGGCGCUUCCUUCGUCACAAUUGGCGACCUGCAGGAGAGUGGGCAACAGCUCGCCGACGAACUGGGCGACCGUGUGGCUUUUGUGAAGACUGACGUGACGAAAUGGGCUGACCAAGUCAAUUUAUUUCAAACGGCGCUAAUUCGAUCGCCAUCGCAUCUCAUAGACACCGUCAUCUCGAACGCUGGCAUUUCGGGAAGGGAUUCGCUAUAUUGGGAUGAUAGCGAACAGGAUGGCGAGCCGAUUGAACCCACCUUGAAAGUCCUGAACACUAAUCUAGUUGGCUGCAUCUAUACCUGCAAGCUGGCUUUGCACUAUUUGACGCGCCAACCGAAUCCGGAGAAACAUGAUCGCUGUCUCAUCCUGAUGAGUAGUAUUGCUGGGUACUGCGAUCAACCAGGAACACCGAUCUAUUGUGCAUCGAAGCAUGGCAUUCGAGGUAUAAUGUCCAGUCUGCGCAGGACCGCCCACAAGCAAGACGUUCGGGUGAACCUGCUUGCACCAUGGUAUGUGCGGACGCCCGCAAUCCCUGCCGAGAACCAAGAUCGGCUGUCAAGUCAAGGAGUGGUCUGGGCAGAGACUGCAGAUGCGGCUGCAGCAAGUAUGCACCUCGCCUCUGACCCCCUACUAAACGGUCGCUGCGUUGCCAUUGUGCCAAGACAUGAGGAUCCUCGAGGAUAUAUGGACAUGCAGAAGGAUGACUUCUCCGAUGAUCUUGCAUGCACGUGGCAAAGAAUUAUGGUUGCUGCCAGCCAUCGCGCUUGA